AUGUCCAAGAUGAAGGCCGACGAAAAGUUUCUCAACCACAGUUUAAAACAACUGCGAAUCCGUCAAUUCUGGACGCAAAAAGGCCAUUCUGUGUCUUUCGCUUUUUAUUUUCGGUACUUUCUGGUAGUCAUCGUUGGCACGCCUUUUUGGGUGGGACUUUUGGUUCACUUCAUCACUGUUAUAAGAGAUGAUCUAGACGUGAGUUUAAGUGGAGACGUUUCGGUCCUAACAUCUGUAAUAGGUUUACAUUUCAUGUCAUUCACUAUCGUCUGGAAACACAAAUAUAUCUCCGAUCUCUUCAAUGCCUUAACGGCUCCUACAGAAUUUGGAAAACCGGACAAUUUUGAGAAAACUGUUCGUAGACUCAACUUGUACUCUAAAUCGUACGCUUGUUAUUGCGUGUCAGGGACGUUCACGUAUGCUUUAUUAAGAUAUCAAGCCAUUCCGCAAUGUAUGCGAGACAACGAAGAGAAAGGGUUACACGAAGUCUGUGGUACCAUAACUCCUUCUUGGUCUCCGCUUGGGAUAAAUUUCAACCGUUUCCCAAACAGACAAUUACUGCUCAUCGUGCAGCUGAUCAGCGUGCUUAUAAUUAUUUGUGGAGGCACUGCUAUUUCUUUUACGACGUUUGAACUCGCAACAGUCAUCGUGUUGAAAAUGAAACAUCUGCACAGAUUGUUGAGGCAUGCCUUUGAUGACACGAAGGAAGUAAUUUGGUGGAAGAACCUCGACCAUUGCAUUAAGUACCACAGACACAUCAUCAAGCUCCAGGAAUUAUUCGACAUGCAGUAUAAGUUCCCCAACGGAAGUUACGUUCUGCUAGUGGGGAUCGUGAUCGCCGGUCUGGCCAACCAAUAUAUGAAAGAAAAAAAUUUUGGUGCGAUUAUUCAUCUAGGUGGGUGGGUUUUCAGUUUCUUUAUUUGCUGCCAUGCAGGACAAAUCUUACUGACGGAAAGCAUGUUGAUACCAAACGCAAUUUAUAAUUCCAAGUGGUAUAAACUCCCGGUGGACUUUCAGAAAAUUGUUUUGAUGAUAAUUACGCGAUCGCAAAAACCCAUGGAACUGCAUGCAGCACCCAUUGGAGUCAUGUCGCACGAAUUUUUCAUUACUCUUGUGAAAACGUCGACUUCUUAUUUCGCUCUUCUCAGCCAAACGACUUAG